UGAAGAACUGUACUUCGGAAUGUAAACAUAAUUGUCCAGUCAGUAUCCGAAAGUCGGAGAAGGGAAGCACAGGGUGGAAUAUGAACGGAGCAGGGAAAAGUUCGUGGAGGGGAGGUGGCAGUUCUGGUUCAUGGAGGUCUGUCGCAAGGGGUAGUUGGAGAGGAGGCUGGAACGGAGGACGAAACCAAGGCUGGAGAGGUCGCCCUUGGGGAAGAGGAAGGGCCAGGAAUUCAGACAACAGCACGCAGCACGGUGUAGAGUUUGCUUCACCUGUUUCCAGUGUAACCCAAGUAACACUUGAUAUUGCAUGUCCUUACAAAGGAUGGAGGCUUUACUUUUCUGAAGGUUUUGUUGAAUCUUUGCCUUGUGUUGAGAAAAUAAAGGUGUUUGAACGGUACUUCACAUCACAAAUUGAUCUGUAUGAUAAGGAUGAAAUUGAAAGGAAAGGUAGCAUCUUGGUGGACUACAAAGACCUGCUUUUGAACAAACAGAUUUCUGUAGCUGUACCUGACUUGGCUCGUGAUCUUAGAGACAUGCCAGAAAAGAUGCUUGACUGCUUGGGCUUAGCCAUUCAUCAGGUGUUGACAAAGGAUCUGGAAAGACAUGCUGAUGAAUUACAAGUCCAGGAGGGGCUACCUACAGGCAGUACUCCUAUUAUCAACAUAACACACAUAAGUGCUAGGAUUUAUAAUUACGAGCCAGUGACCCCAUUGAAGAUGCUCAGAGCCAAUUUAUAUGGCAAAUAUGUAGCCGUUAGAGGGACUGUGGUGAGAGUAAGCAACAUCAAACCUCUCUGCAGCAAGAUGGCUUUCAUCUGUAACAAUUGUGGAGACACUCAAAGUCUGAUUAUGCCUGAUGGGAAAUACACUAUACCCACUAAGUGUCUGCAAAGAGAAUGCCGUGGUCGAUCUUUCACCCCUGACAGAAGUUCACCAUUAACUCUCACUGUUGACUGGCAGACUAUAAAGGUUCAGGAGCUAAUAGCAGAUGAUCAUCGUGAAUCAGGACGUAUACCCCGUACUAUCGAGUGUGAGCUGACCCAGGACCUGGUGGACAGCUGUGUCCCGGGAGACAUGGUCACCAUAACAGGAGUCAUCAAAGUAUCCAAUGAGGAAGGGAGUAGAAGAAAUAAGAAGGACAAAUGUAUGUUCCUGCUGUACAUUGAGGCGAACUCUGUCAGUAACUCAAAAGGGCAAAAAAGCAAGUCUGCCUCUGAACCAGAAGGUCAAGGGGCAUCUGUGGAGUUUUCCCUCAAAGAGCUCUAUGCUAUUCAGGAGAUCCAAGCCCAAGAAGACCUUUUCAAGUUAAUUGUCAAUUCUCUUUGUCCUGCCAUCUAUGGGCACUUGCUUGUUAAGGCAGGAUUAGCUCUUACUUUAUUUGGAGGCUGUCAGAAGUAUGUGGAUGAUAAGAACCGAAUCCCCAUAAGAGGAGACCCACAUGUGCUUGUUGUGGGAGAUCCUGGACUUGGCAAAAGUCAAAUGUUACAGGCAGUAUGUAAUGUUGCCCCACGUGGAAUCUAUGUAUGCGGGAACACCACCACCACCUCAGGACUGACUGUGUCUCUGUCCAGAGACAGUGGCUCUGGAGACUACGUGCUGGAGGCUGGAGCUUUGGUGUUAGGAGAUCAAGGCAUUUGUUGUAUUGAUGAGUUUGAUAAGAUGGGGAGUCAGCACCAGGCCUUGCUAGAGGCUAUGGAGCAGCAGAGCAUCAGCUUGGCCAAGGCUGGCAUUGUGUGUACUCUUCCAGCACGCACUUCCAUCAUCGCAGCGGCCAACCCAGUGGGAGGCCAUUACAAUAAGGCAAAGACUGUGUCUGAGAACCUUAAAAUGGGAAGUGCUCUGUUAUCCAGAUUUGAUCUGGUCUUCAUCCUUCUGGAUACUCCCAACGAGGAUCAUGACCACAUGCUAUCUGAGCACGUCAUGGCUAUACGUGCAGGGAAAAAAGGUAUGGUUAGCAGUGCUACAGUCACCAGGAACUGCACACAGGAGUCCAACAUAUCCAUUCUGGAGAUUCCAUCAGACAAGCCUCUUGCAGAUAGACUGAAGCUGUAUCCUGGGGAGAAUUUUGACCCAAUUCCCCACCAGCUCCUACGUAAGUAUGUGGGCUAUGCCCGACACUAUGUGCAGCCUAGUCUCUCCCCUGAAGCUGCGAAGGUCCUGCAGGACUUCUACUUGGAGCUGCGCAAACAGAACCAGUCAGCUGGCAGCACACCCAUCACCACCCGGCAGCUGGAGUCCCUCAUCCGCCUCACUGAGGCAAGGGCACGUCUAGAGCUUCGAGAGAAAGCUACGCAAAGUGAUGCAGAGGAUGUGGUGGAGAUUAUGAAACAUAGUUUGACAGAUACCUACUCUGAUGAGUUUGGCCGGCUGGACUUUGACCGAUCUCAGCUUGGGUCAGGGAUGAGCAACAGAUCAAAAGUCAAGAAGCUUGUUGCUGCGUUGAACCAAAUCGCUGAGCGCACCCACAAAACCUUGUUUGAGUCUCAGGAGCUGCGACAACUGGCCAAAGAACUCCAGAUUCAGGUUGUUGAUUUUGAAGGCUUUAUCAGCGCACUCAAUGAACAAGGCUACCUGCUAAAGAAAGGACAGAGAACAUAUCAACUCCAAACCAUUUGAAUUGAACUUUCAGUACUUUGAAUAUCAUUUUAUAUAUUCCUGAUUUAUCUGUAACUUGUGAUUUUAAUGAAAUUGAUUUUCUGUAAUGUGCUUAUUUAAUUGAAAAUAUGCUAAUUAAAUUAUUUAUUGUAUACAUGUAUGCAUAUCCAGAAGGCCAAAAUUAUAUACAUUUGUUGGUUAAAAAAUAUUCUUUAUAAUAAUUGACAUUUACUUUCUUUAGUAUGCAAUAAAGAAGAAAAUGCCCAAGUUAUUUGGACGUGUCUCAGCCAAUAAAUUCAUAAAGUAUACAGAAAAGGGUACUUUGUAUCUUUAAAUUGGUCAUCACAAUGCCGAGAUACCGAAAGUCUGCAAUAAAAGUGCGCAUGCGCAAACUUUUA